GUUUCUCGUCUCGACUUGCGGCCCUGCAUCAUCUACAAUAUAGAGUGUUUCGACCAAAUCACCUCUCAGUGUCCAGAUGUGGGUGAGGUGGUGGUCCCGACUGUCCUGGAGUGCGUGCUCUGCAGCCAAACGGCUCAGGAUCUUCCUGAAUUGCGCGGUCAUUUGCUUGGACACGUACCCUCUCACGUUCGGCGGCAGCAUGCCUCUGCAGGGGCCCAAGUGGGGCAUCAAGAGGACUGCAGACGGAAAGCGACAGCGACAGCUCGUCGAGGCAGGCGCGAAGGCCACGACCAGGAAGGAGAAGCUCGAGAACAUGGUGGUGUUCUUUGCGGCGCUGGCACUCCCCCAGGCGGCGGAGGUGAGAGACCUCAUCGGGGCGACGUUCUACACCGUGCUGCUGGCGGCGGACCACGGCAUCGCCAAGGCGAUGGUGCAGGCGGGCAGAGACUACCACACGGCGGCGAAGGACCCCAAGGGGACGCCCAAGGGCGAGACCGACUUGUUAGGGCCGCCGUUCCUCCACGUCUUCACGGAGCUGGUGACAGCGGCCCAUGGGCUGGGGGCGCUGGCGGAGAACCACAAGAUCGUGUUGGGCAAGUUAUAGGGGGAGGUCAUCCUCCAGAAGCCGCUGACGGAGGUGGCGGAGCAGGUGCGGCACUGCCGCCGCAGGUUGACUCGCAAGAAGGGAGGGGUGAGCAACAAUGUUCGCAUCACGCUGUGUUUCAGCAGCCAGUGGCAGGAGCUCGAGAGCGCGGUACUGUCGGCGCUGAGAGUGGCCGACGCCGGGUUCAAAGCGGGCGAGCCCUGCGGAGCUGGAGAAGUUGGCUCGUCGUCUUCCCCUGAGCGCAUGGCUAGCACGUUGCGAGCUGAGCUGCUUGACCCAGGUUUGGCGGUUGCUUCUUCGAGGCGGAAGGAGAGAGGAGAGAUCCCCCCCCGUUUCGUCGAAGAAAGAGGCCAGGACAUAAAUCUGACCUUGAGAGAACAGUUUUCAAAGGCAUCAGGUCGUAGCACAGAUUCGGCCUGGUUGGCGGGCUGCCUGGCCAGCUCUAGCGGGCAACCCGCAUCAGCGGCGCCAGCGAGCCCGUGCCCGACGACGCACGGGCCUGCGAGAGCGGUUAGGCGGACUCUGUCACACGAGUUGCAGCCCCGACGCAGCCACGAGGAGGGCAGGCCUGCUGCUGGUACCGAUGCUGCAAUGUCGAAUGGUUGAUGAAUCGUCGUCCUCAUCCUCAUCUGCGGUACCCCACUCUCCGCCUCACUGUCUGACGCAUGGAGAAGGAGUUGUUGUGCAUCAGUAGUAUUGCGGUUGCCACUAUAGUCCUACCAACAACAGGGAACAUGCCGUAGUUGUUCCGUAGGGCCCCUUGAACACUGGUGGCGCCCACGCACCAGCUUUAUAGGAGUGUUCCUCGUUCUCCACCUCGUCGUCCUGCUCCUGGUCCGUCCUCGCCUUCCUCCGCCUCAUGCUUCUCUUCUUCGCCCUCUCCCCCAUGUCCC